AUUUCGCACCAAGCCCGUACCGAUGGAAUUCCGUUAAAUAAUGUUCUUCUAUAAGUUACUAGGGUUAUAUGAGUUCUAAGUAAUCAUAGGAGCGCACUGCGCAUCCUAGACGAUUAACGUUGUUACGCUUUUUUGAAAAGUUGGCAUGAUGUGACCGACAUUGUUGUCUGGUUUCGAGGUCCGUUUGGUUCUUGCACAAGAACUAGCUGAGAUACGUAAACCGCCUAAUGGAGGAUGUAGUUGUUAAUUUUUUUUUAAUUCUUUUUAGUAUUUAAGUAAUUAUUAUUAUUUUAAGUAUCGGUAUAAGUCCACAAUAUAUUACUAAACUCAGACUGAUGUUAAAGUGUUUUACGUAUUUAACAGUUUAGGCUUAAUAAAAAUUGACAAAAAUCAAUAUUAGAUGGUCAUACACACACACACACAGAAAUUAUUUUCUUUAUGUAUCAAGUAACAACCAAACAAUUUAAAUAAACAGAAAAUAUAUUUACAUAUUUUUAUGAAUUUAUUUUGGAUUUUUACUAGACAUUUUUUUUUUUCUUUAAAUUUUUAAAUUAAUAGUAUUGAAGUAGUAUAAAUCAUGUCGAAAAGAGUAGUAAAAAAAAUCGAGACAGCGCCAAAGAUUGAAAAGAACAUUAAACCAAUACCGAAAUCGAAAUUACCAAAAACUCCGGUCGUGAAGAAAACAGUCAUUCCAAAAAAACUCACCGUGCAAACUAGCGUGGACACAAUACCCAAACCGAGUUCGGCAGAACUCAAAUCGGAAACCGAUAAAGUUAUCGAACGUUGGGAGAAACUGGUGUCGGAAUCGUACACGUUGAGCUGUAGAAGGACUGCACAAGAAACGUUUCUCGGAGAAUAUUCAAUAUCCACGUCAGACGAAAAGUUGUCGAUUUCCACGGUAAACGAAGGAAACCAAAAAGACGAUGAUGUUGAAAAAGCUGAACAAGCUGAGAUAAAGCUGAAUAAAAAGAGCAUUGGUGAUAAUAACACAGUACCAAAACCAAUAGACAACGUACAAAAGUUAAAGAUUGAACUUGACGACGAAAAAAAAACCAGAAAAUUAUUGGAGGAUCGUUUACAGAUUUCUGAAAAAAAAGAUAAAGAAGCUAGACUAGCUUUGGCAACAAAUAUCGACGAGAUGGAAUCGUUGACAUGCGAAAUGGAAAAACUACAAAACGCCAACAGCGUGCUAACCGAACAGUACGAAGCGGUUGCCGCAGAAUUGGAAAACCAAAAGACCAACAACAGUAAGCUGAACGAUUUGUACAACGCUGUGGUCGACAGGUGUAAGUACCUGGAAGACAACGGCAACAACGAAAACGUGAGUUACUACACAAACAAACUGGAAGAAAUCACCGGUCAACAGGAAAUGGUUAUCGCCGAGAAAAACUCUUUGCAAUCCGAAUUAGAUGAAUCCAAUGCGACGUUGGACAACUUGCAACAACGUAUAGAAAUCAUAAUGGAAGAGUCGGCUAGAAAAGAAUCGGAACUCACCGAAAAAUUGACCGCACUAGAAGAAGAAAAUACCACGUUGAAACAAUAUCAGACAUACUUGGAAGAGCAGAUCGACACCGUGCAAAAAGCGUUGGCCCGCAAAGACCAGUACAUCAAGCAGCACGAGUUCAUGGUCGAUGAACUGACCAAAGACAAACGCAUGUUGGAGAAGUCGCUGAACACCGCGACGCACGUGCAGCCGUACAGAGAAGAAGAGAUGGAAAACUAUCGGCGUCAGAUCAAAAACUUGACGGCGUCCAUUGUGGACAUGAAAAACGCUUUCGCCAUCACCGAAGCCGCCUACAACAAAGAAAUGGAAGAAGUCAGGGAGGAGUUACAAACCCGAGAUAAGCUGUUGACGACGAAAAACAAAACCAUUCAACAGCAGGAUCAGACGUUGCGCUUGAUGAAGGAGAUGAACGCUACGGCGAGACCCACUUCCGUGCCGGAAGCCACCGCGAAAGUCAAACGCAAUAGUUUCACCGAGGAACAUACCAAAUGGCGUAAAAUUUACGAUGACAUCGAGUUGGAGUCUACAGCGUUUUCUGAUUCUUCGGCCAUUUACUGAACUUGCCUGGAUGUAAAAUAAAUUACGCUACGCCUGAUUACUACGCCUAAUUGAGUAUUGCCAUUUUUUUUUUUUUUUUUUUGGUUAGCAAUGCAAAGCCCGUUAACAUAACAACAAAUUUACCCUAAUACUUCUUGUUUUUUUAAGUACUUAACUUCACGAACCGGACUGGACCAAAUUGAAGAAUACUUAACCAACUAAUUAUAAAUACUCGACAAUAAUUUCACCCAACAAAAACCAUAAUUCUCUCUCUAAUCAACUCAUAACACCCCUUUUACACAAAAUAACAAACAACAUUCAUUUCACACCACUAUUAUUAAUGUAUAUACUUUAUUUUACCUGUUUCUCUUCAAAUAGCACCAUACAUUGUUUUUUUUUUUCCAUACCACAUUUGAAAGAGAAAAUCACUGCCAUAUUUUUCAUUAAGUAUUUAAUGUUAAAUAACUAAAAAUUAAAUU